AUGGUAUUUAGCACUCGCCCUGGUCGCCCGCCAAAACGUACCUCCGCAGUUGAAGAAUGGGCAGCGAAACGUGAGAAAUUUGAAGAUCAACAAUCUCAGUGUGGGAACGAUAGUGAUUUCGGUGUUGCGCCGUGCACAACGCAAUUGAAUCCACUUUUUCUUGGACAGCUUCUACCACAGUUCAGUGCACAACAACUUCUCGUACAACAUAUGAUGGUUCUAGCGGCAGCACAAAAGCAGCCAGACAUGUACACUCCAUCGUCUAUGGCAAUAACAGGCGAAGCCGAUGUUGAAGGUGCACCAUUGAAUUUGUCAAAAUCGAAUUCAAAUUCUGAGACCAGCGACAGCGAUUCAGUGGAGAACAUGCGAAAAGAAAGCGAUGUCUCCCCAAACCAAUCAGAACGAGGUGGAUCGAAUUCAAACAACUCGUCGUCAUCAUCAUCAGAUCCAUCAUCGACUGCUGCCACCAAGAUCAUAUCACUUAUCGAUAUGGCCAGCGAACACUUCAAAGAUCAAAUGGAAUCGAUACGUAAAGAACGAGGCGAGUUUCAUGGACUUAUUCCUCAGAACUUUUUUCAAUACGAAGAAAAAAAAAAAAUAGCUCAGCUCUGA